AUGCCCACCCCAACCCCCAAACUCAUAAUCUUCGAUUUCGACGGAACCCUCUUCGACUCCCACGCCGCAAUCACCACCUCCGUGCAACUCACCUUCAACUCCCUGCUCCCCUCAUACAACCCCCCACUAGCCGACCUCAACAGACUAAUUUCCAUCGGCGCCCCGCCCGAAGUCACAUUCAAAGCCCUGCAGCCACAACCAGGCACAGACAAACUGCCAGACGGGAAUCCCACCCCCGUCGGCUUCGACGAGAAUACAUGGGUGCAUGAAUACCGCUCCAUCUACGCAACCCACGGACAGCCGCUGACGAAGCCGUACCCCGGAGCGCGCGAGGUGCUGACGACCCUGCGAGAGCGCGGGUUCAAACUCGCGAUUAUAAGCAACAAGGCUGUUGCGGCGGUGAAGACGGCGCUGGAGGCGCAUGGGCUGGACGGGAUUGUGGAUGAGGAGUUGAUUGUCGGGGAGCCGAUGUUUGGGGGGAAGAGGAAGCCGGAUCCGGCGGGGUAUACGGAUGUUUUGGUUCCGAGGCUGGGUAGAGAGUUUGAAGAGGGGGAGGUGUUGAUGGUUGGGGAUACGGUGACGGAUGUGUUGUUUGCGAGGAACAUUGGGGCGAGGGUUUGCUGGUGUCGGUUUGGGCAGGGCGAUGCGGAGGAGUGUGAGAGGGAGAAGCCGGAGUUUGAGAUUGAGCGGUUGGCGGAUGUGAUUGGGGUGGUGGAUGCUCUGGAAGACUCGAUAUAA